AUGCGCUUCUCCGCAGCUACUCUUGUCGCGGCCCUGCCCGCCCUCGCCGCCGCCCAAGAGAAUCCUCUGGAUCAGUAUGUGGCCCAGUUCCAGCAGAUUCUGGGACAGAUUAGCUCCAAGCUCCCGCUUCCCGGCUCAUAUGAUGCCGCUGGCGCUCAGGAGGCCAAGACCGGUCCUAUGAAGCUGUCUGUCCUGAACCUGGAUAACUGGAAGGAGACGCUCUACGAGCCCGUGGCACCCGAGUCAAAGACGCCUGAGGAGUGGUAUGUUUUGUUCACCGGCGGUAACAAGACAUGCUUCGGCCACUGUGGCCGAAUUGAGGCUGCCUUCAACGAGACGGCGACCAAGUUUGCGGAGGUCCCAAACACUCCCCAUAUGGCCCUUGUCAACUGUGACAACCAGCCCGUUCUUUGUAACGCUUGGUCUGCCAACCCUGGCAACAUCUGGGCUAUUGAGAUGCUUCCCGAGCCAGCCCCCAUCGACAUCUACAAGACGAGGCUGAACCUUACCACCGUCACCUCUGACGACAUUGUCAAGCUGCACGAGGCCGGAAACAAGGACAGCUUUACCCUCGUCGAUUCUUGGUUCCACCCCUUCAACGGCAAGGCCGUUGAGCUUGGCUUGGCCACUCCUCUUGGAUACCUCAUGUGGUUUUUCGGCCUCCUCCCCAACUGGGCUUUUAUGUUGAUUGUUUCUUUCGCUAGCCGAAGCUUCAUGGGCAACCGCAUGCAGCCAGGCCGACAGCCCGGCGGUGCUCCCCAAGGAGCCCCCGCCCCCGCCCCGCGAAAAUAA